AUGGCGACCCAAGAAGCCCCCGUUCCUCUGACGGCGCUGUCACGCUGGUACCUUUACGCCAUCCAUGGUUACUUCUGCGAGGUCAUGUUCACGGCCGCCUGGGAGUUUGUGGUCAACUGCAACUGGAAAUUCCCCGGCGUGACCAGCGUGUGGGCGCUCUUCAUCUACGGCACCUGCAUCCUCAUUGUGGAGCAAAUGUACCUGACACUGCGCGGCCGCUGCUCCGUGCUGCUGCGCUGCAUCAUCUAUACACUAUGGACGUACCUAUGGGAGUUUGGCACAGGGUUGCUGUUGCGCCAGUUCAACGCAUGUCCCUGGGACUACUCAGAGUUCCGCUACAACUUCAUGGGACUCAUCACGGCCGAGUACGCCGUGCCUUGGUUCUGUGCCUCCUUCAUCGUGGAGCGCCUGGUCAUCCGCAAAACUCUGCGGCUGCGCUUCCAUGAGGGACCCAAGGAUGGCUGGUCAAACCAUCCUUCGGAUGCAGGGGGUGGAGAUGAAGGAGGGGUGGGAGAAAAUUUGGGGGCUGGGAGAAGGAGAGAGAGGAGCAGAGGGACUGGGAAUAGUUCUAAUGGCUACCUUAAAGGGGAAUGA